AUGAAGCUUCUGCUGCUGCUGCUUGCCUUCUGCAUACUUUCUCUAUCAAGGUGUGAAGAAAAUUUCGUACCUUAUGAUUACUCGGCAACGAUAGAGUGUCUAGAGAACCCUUAUAAACCACAAUACAAUGGAGGGAUUAUCGUGAACUCUGACUUACAAAAUGGUUCACAAGGCUGGUCACAAUUCGGAAACGCCAAAGUCGAUUUCAGAGAAUUUGGAGGCAAUAAGUUUGCUGUUGCAGGAGAGAGGAAUAAAUCUUAUGAUAGCGUCUCACAGAAGGUUUAUUUGGAAAAGGGACUUUUUUACACUUUCUCUGCUUGGUUACAAGUAACCAAAGGAAAGGCUCCCGUGACAGCCGUUUUCAAGAAGAACGGUGAAUAUAAGCACGCCGGUUCUGUUAUUUCUGAAUCCAAAUGUUGGUCCAUGCUCAAAGGUGGUCUAACUGUUGAUGAAUCUGGUCCUUCCGAACUCUACUUUGAGAGCGAGGACACAACAGUUGAGAUAUGGGUUGAUAGUGUCUCAUUGCAACCAUUCACACAAGAAGAGUGGAACUCUCACCACGAGCAGAGCAUCCACAAGGCGAGAAAAGGAACCGUAAGGAUCAGAGCGGUGAACAGCGGAGGCGAGCCACUACCAAACGCAACCAUUUCUAUCGUACAGAACAGACUAGGGUUCCCAUUCGGGUGCGCAGUAGAAAAGAACAUACUUGGGAAUCAAGCAUACCAAAACUGGUUCACUAAGAGGUUCACCGUGACAACGUUCGGGAACGAGAUGAAAUGGUACAGCACCGAAAGAGUUAGAGGCAAAGAGGAUUACUCGACCGCAGACGCGAUGUUGAGAUUCUUCAAGCAGCACGGAGUCGCUGUGCGUGGCCACAAUAUUUUAUGGGAAGACCCUAAGUAUCAACCUAGAUGGGUGAGUUCUUUGUCAGGUAAGGAUCUCUACAACGCCGUGAAACGAAGGGUUUUCUCGGUGGUCUCGAGAUACAAAGGCCAGCUUGCGGGUUGGGAUGUUGUGAAUGAGAAUCUCCAUUUCUCCUUCUUUGAGAGCAAGAUGGGUCCUAAAGCCUCUUAUAACACCUAUGCGGAGGCGCAUAUCAUCGAUCCAAGGACAACAAUGUUUAUGAAUGAAUUCAAUACUUUAGAGCAGCCGGGAGAUUCGGCUUCUAGUCCAGCAAGAUAUUUACAGAAGCUUAGGGAGCUUCAAUCUAUUAGGGUUUCCGGAAGCAUUCCGUUAGGGAUAGGUCUUGAGUCUCAUUUCAGUACUCCUAACAUUCCGUAUAUGAGAUCAGCUCUUGACACUCUUGCUGCCACUGGUUUGCCUAUUUGGCUCACUGAGGUUGACGUCGAUGCUCCUCCAAAUGUCCGGGCCAAGUAUUUCGAGCAGGUCCUUAGGGAAGGUCACGCGCAUCCGCAAGUGAAAGGAAUGGUGACGUGGACUGGUUAUUCUCCAACAGGUUGCUACCGAAUGUGCCUCACCGAUGGAAACUUCAGGAACUUACCAACCGGAGACGUUGUGGACAAACUUCUGCGUGAAUGGGGAGGGCUUCGUGGGCAAACCACAGGUUUAACUGAUGCUGAUGGAUUCUUUGAAGCUUCACUCUUCCAUGGUGACUAUGAUCUCAAUAUUGCUCAUCCUCUCGCCAAUUCAUCAGCUUCUCACAGCUUUAAGCUGACUUCUGAAGACUCUCAACCAUCUCCUUUCGUCUUUCUUGUUUGA